AUUAAACAUUCUUGUUUGCACUUCAUUUUACAGGCUAGACCUACAUCUCUUCAACGAAUUCGAUAUUCGGAGAUCUAUCAUUCCUUACUUCGUGCCUGUGGCAUUUGCAAACCGUUACAAUCCUUGAUAUCCACCUCACAUUCCCUCAAUCGCCAAGUCUAAAAGACUCGAUCUUGCUUAAGCAACGUAUACACAUCAUUCACUUGGCAAUAUAAAAGCCUAGAAAUCUUGUCUCUAUCUCGUCCGGCACGAAUCACCAACAAAACUAUCAACAUGCAUUUCACAUCUUCUAUCGUCGCCACUCUUGGCAUGGCCUCGUACGCGAGCGCCCACAUUAUGAUGACCACCCCGAAGCCUUUCGGAAAGUCUACUCUCAACAACAGCCCUCUUCUCGCCGAUGGAAGCGACUUCCCCUGCAAGCAGCGCGGUGGCGUCUACGACCCAGAGGGUGCCAGCAACCCCAUGGCCCUCGGCUCCACGCAGCCUUUGAACUUCGUCGGCAGCGCCGUCCACGGCGGUGGAUCAUGCCAAAUCUCUAUCACCUACGAUGAGAAGCCAACAAAGGACAGCGUCUGGAAGGUCAUCCACUCGAUCGAGGGAGGCUGCCCAGCACGUGGCGUCGAUGGCAAUCUCGGCGGCGGCCCAGACACUCCUGUCCCGGAUGAUUACAGCUUCACCAUCCCCGAGGGCCUUCCAACUGGCAAUGCCGUUCUUGCCUGGACUUGGUUCAACAAGGUCGGCAACCGCGAGAUGUACAUGAACUGUGCCCCGAUCGAUAUCACCGGAGGCAACUCGAAGUCAAAGCGCGACACUGCUGCCUACGACGCCCUUCCAGAUAUGUUCACGGCAAACAUUGGCAACGGUUGCACGACCGUUGAUAGCAAGGAUGUUGAAUUCCCCAAUGCCGGCGGGUCCGUCGAGAAACUUGGAUCAGGUUCGCUUACGCCUCCAACGGGAAGCUGCCAGGCUGCUGGUGGAUCUGGUGGUGGUGGUGGUUCAUCCGAGGCCCCAAAGCCGACACAGUCCGUUGUUACCGCCCCCACCGGUAUCCAAGGCGGCGUUUUCGUCACAGUCGCACCUAACGCAAGUGAAACUGUCGCCCCUGUCGCGACUUCUGCCCCAGUUGAGUCUGUUGCUCCCGUCGCAUCCGCCGCGCCCGCUGUUCCCACGAGCGUCACCUCCAGCCCAUCCGCACCCGCCGCUGUUGUGCCUGAUGCAGGCUCUUCAGCAAACAACGGUUCUGACACCACCACUGGCAGCUCCGAGACCGCCGCUGGCACUCCUUGCCCAGGCCAGGAGGGCUCAUGGAACUGCAUCAGUGGAACCUCUUUCCAACGCUGCGCUUCUGGGCAGUGGUCUGUCGUUCAGGCCGUCGCCGCUGGAACCACUUGCGAGACUGGCAUUUCUCAAAACAUGAAGUUCGUCAGCGCCGCCAAGCCAAGACGCGCAAUCCGUUUCUCCAACGAGCACGUCCGCCGUCACCUAGCUUACUCCUCGUGAAGAGCACAUUAGAUCGCAGGUCGAUUUAAUUGUGUAUUUUUACGGAUUGGGGAUAUUGGGUCAGGCGUUCAUGGAUUCACAAAUUCUUGUACAUAGUUUUGUGUUGUGUGUCAGAAUAUAGGGGGCAGAACAAGAAACAUGUCUAGGAAUUAAAAGAUAUGAAUUCACUGAGUCAAAUCAUUGAUUUAACUU